AUGCAUCUAUGCUUACUUAUGAUGGUGUUGACACUACAGAUCUUGGCAAUAUCCGAUGAUAACACCCGAGCCAUACCCAGUGCAAAUUCGCCACCUCCAAAUCAUUCGCCAGCAGUCACCGAUUUUGACCUCACGACAUAUGCUUCCGAUGCAUCAUCAUCAAUCAUACCUCAUACCCAACAGGGAUCCGUAGAUAUAGUAGAGAUAGAUUCGCUCGAUGAAGUCACACCGGAUGCACUAGCGUCGUCGACAAGCGACAGGAUAUUCAAACUACGCAACCAACCAGCACUCAUAAUCCACAGGUCAAAACUACGCCUUCAACAAAGAGUACAAAAGGAACAACAAAAGCAACGUGUGGCUAGCCACAUCCCCAUAUGGCUAAAUAAAGCGUAUAAAAAAUCACGACGUAGCCGGAUUGCAGAUUGGAUUCACGUACGAACCACCAGGCUCGAUUUCUUGCAAGUGCAUUUCCCCAUAUCAAAGUGUCUCAACCAGCAGUUUAGCGACGGAGGCACGAUUGACUUGCAGUCGACGAUCCAGGUGACGUUGCUCAACACGAUAGACUGGCAAUUGACCCUCAAUGUCAUCUUGUAUUUGGAAAGAAUCAGCCAAACUUGGGACUUGACUAAAUCCAUUACGUGGAGAAACUUGUACACUUGCGUUGUGCCUGACGGAAUGGUGGGCCAAAUCUGGGCAAGAAGCGAAAUCAUUGAAGCUGAUGUCGAUUUGAGCUUGAUUGAAUUUGACAAGAUAUCCAAAUUCGGCAAAGUGGGAAAGACUGUUACGUCAGUGCAAGAGAAAAUGCAAGAAGAAGAAGAAGAAGAAGAAGAAGAAGAAGGAGAAGAAGAAGAAGAAGGAGAAGAAGAAGGAGAAGAAGAAGAAGAAGAUAAUAAUAACAAAGUAAAGAGGUUGUUUCGAGGUAGAGUAAGACGACGCGCCCGGACGAAAUUGAAGUUGAACUUGUGGCAACGCAUCAAUAAAGUUCAAAUGUUUAUGAAGAGCGGCAAAACCAGAGAAGUUGGCGCCAUUGGAGGCAAGGGGAGACCCAUCAUUUCAUGUGUUACCGAUCAGAGGUUGUUGGAUUGCAAGGGGGAUAAAUUGAAGCGGCUUCCCAAGUUGAUGGUUGUAUGA